CUCCCUCCCUCCCUCCUCGCCCGCAUUCCGGGUCUGCUGUUUGUUGCGGGGCGAGCCGAUUCCUGGUCGGAUUGCCGGGGCGCGGGCGCAUGUGGCGAUUGCGCCCGAUAAGCUGCGGCUAUUUCUGGGCGCUUCGCUGUUCGGGCCGGCCGUUACAGCUGGGGGGAAUCGCGGGAAUUCAGGAUCCUUGCCCCGGGUGGAUCUCGGAGUGUUCAGGAGACGUCGCGCCCCCUGUUUUCUUCUCGUUUUCGCCGCGAGAUUUGGGUUCCUGCCGCUCCUUUUGCUGGCCUUGCUCUCUCUUCUCUAUCUCGUCCUUGUAGUACUGGUUGGGAUCCCGUAUUCAGGCAGGCGCCGCUCGAUUUGAUUUGGUUGGGGAAGUUUCUAGGUCAAUCUUUCCCAUGGCCGCCUCCAUCGCGGCCUCGGCCUUCUUCCCGGGGUCGCCGGCGCCGGCGCCAGCCGCGCCCAAGAACGGCCUCGGAGAGCGGCCCGAAAGCCUGGACGUCCGCGGAGUCGCCGCGAAGCCAGGAUCCUCGUCGAAUGCCGUGAGGGCAGGCAAGACGCGCGCCCACGCUGCCGUCCCCAAGGUGAACGGAGGGGGCAAGUCGGCGGUGGCAGAUGGGGAGCACGAGACCGUGCCCUCCUCGGUGCCGAGGACGUUCUAUAACCAGCUCCCCGACUGGAGUAUGCUCCUCGCGGCCAUCACGACCAUCUUCUUGGCCGCCGAGAAGCAGUGGACGCUGCUCGACUGGAAGCCCAAACGCCCUGACAUGCUUUCUGAUACUUUUGGCUUUGGCCGGAUCAUACAUGACGGGCUCAUGUUCAGGCAGAACUUCUCCAUUAGGUCCUAUGAGAUUGGGGCGGAUAGGACGGCGUCUAUAGAAACGAUGAUGAACCAUUUGCAGGAAACUGCUCUUAAUCAUGUGAAGACUGCUGGGCUGCUAGGUGAUGGAUUCGGCUCCACACCAGAGAUGAGUAAACGAAACUUGUUCUGGGUGGUUAGCCAAAUGCAGGCCAUCGUCGAGCGUUAUCCAUGCUGGGGUGAUACUGUUGAAGUAGAUACAUGGGUUAGUGCUAAUGGUAAAAAUGGAAUGCGUCGGGAUUGGCAUAUACGUGAUUCUAUAACAGGCGACACGAUACUGAAGGCAACAAGUAAAUGGGUGAUGAUGAACAAGCUUACGAGGAAACUUGCAAGAAUUCCAGAUGAAGUCCGGACUGAAAUAGAGCCUUACUUUUUUGAGCGAUCUGCUAUUCUUGAUGAAGACAACCGCAAACUUCCAAAACUACCAGAGGAUAAAAGUACUGCAGCAAAUUAUGUCCGAACAGGACUGACUCCUCGGUGGGCUGAUCUUGAUAUAAAUCAGCAUGUCAAUAAUGUUAAAUACAUCGCAUGGAUUCUUGAGAGUGCACCGAUCUCUAUUCUUGAGAACCAUGAAUUGGCCAGCAUUGUGCUUGAUUACAAAAGGGAGUGUGGCCGGGAUAGUGUGCUGCAGUCACACACCACCGUGCACACUGAUUGCAACAGUGAGUCUGGAGAAACAACCUUGCACUGUGAGCAUGUGCUGAGCCUUGAAUCAGGUCCGACCAUGGUGAAAGCCCGGACCAUGUGGAGGCCGAAGGGAACCAAGGCCCAAGAAACAGUAGUUCUUUCUUCAUUGUGAAGUGUGCGAGAUGAAAUGGUGAUUUUGGCAGAAAAACAAUUUGGUAAAAUCAGUGUGGUUCCUAGCGUCCUCUAUUGGAAGGAAGGCACCCAAGGCAUACAUGGAUGCUAUGUUAUAAUCUCAUAGCUAAGCUAAUUUAAAUAUAAAGUGUCUGAAGAUAGAGGAGAUAUUCAACAAUGGAGGAGACGAGAAGCAGAGAUCUGGAAGACGGAGGAGGCCUCCUGCCAUGGUUUGUGGUUUCUGUUUUUUCCUUUGAUUCCUUCUUUCCUAUGACGAAAUCUUGGGUUGCACAAACGGGUGUUGUAAGUAUUGAUUUGUAGUUACUGUACGACGGGGAGCGAGUGGCGAGUGCUUCCCAUACAUGUCGCCUCUGGGGCUAUGUCCAUAUGUUAUGAGCCCCUUGGAAACAGCUUUGUCCCAGCCACAUUCGUUCAGAGAACUAAGCUCGUAUAUUGUAUUUAUUGAUAUUUAAUUUGGUAUUAUUCUUCUCCUGGCUGCUAAA